AUGCAUAGUCCUUUUGAUGCUAAAGAUUUAACUGUGAUCGCAUAUGCUGAUGAUGUUAAUUUGCUAGUUAAGUCAAAGGAGGAAUUGGAAAAAAUCACAACCAAUUUUCAGAUUUAUGAAGAUGUUUCAAAUAUGAAAAUUAAUUUAGACAAGUCAAAUAUAGUUACAUUGAGAAGAUGGAUGGAAAAUGAAUAUAAAGAAGAGUAUAAAGAUAAUGCUAUAAAGGUCACACCAUUGGAAAAAGCAUCUGCAAUAAAAUUUUUAGGUAUCUCAAUUAAUGGAGAAAAGCUGAAUUGA